AAAUAACCAGAACGCGUUUUUGUAAAUGGAAUCAACCAAAUUACCUUAACAAAAGCGUUUCAGCUUUCCUCAUGGAAGAGUUACAUAAUGCUUUAACAACCCUCUAUGCGAGUGCGGAUCGCAAUCAAAAGUUACAAGCGAAUACCUACUUGGAAGAGUUUCAAAAAAGCGCUGCAGCUUGGCAAGUAUGUUUUCAAAUUUUGAAUACCGCUGAAAGUACGAUUGAAUCAAAACUCUUUGCUGCACAAACACUACGGCAGAAGAUUGUGUAUGACUUUCAUCAACUACCAAAAACGGUUCAUGCCGAAUUGCGGGACUCUAUGUUGCAACUUUUCGUUUCCUCUAAAGAUAGCCCAAGGCCACUCUUGAUAUCAUUCGCUGUCUGUAUGGCCGCAAUUGCUUUGCAUAUGACAGAGUGGCAUAAUGUAAUCAAUGAUGUCUUCCAGGCUUGCAGCAGUCAUGAUCCCUCAGGUCGCUGCAUCCUGCAAUUCUUGUCUGUUUUGCCGGAAGAAGCAGCUGAUCCACGAAAAACAUCUUUGACUUGGGAAGAGCUUUGCACUCGUAUAGACGAACUGUUGCGGGAUAAUGGACCCGCUGUUUUAGAAUUACUUUUACAAUAUGUGAAUUGCAAUACACAUGCUGAUGGAACCUCUAAUGUUGAUUUGAACCUAGUAUUGACCAGUUUGACAUCCUGGCUUCGCGAAAUACCUCUCGACAAAGUUCUUGCAUCUCCGUUGAUAGAAUUGGCUUUUCGGUCUGUAGAUGACGAUAUGCUCAUUGACGAUGCAGUCGAAUUUCUCUGCGCUAACUUUAACGAAACAAGGGAAGUAGAUGAAUCGAUGGAAAUGAUUAUGAUGCUUUAUCCUCGUUUACUACAGCUUCGUCCAAGCAUUUUCGCUCAUAAAGAUGACCCGGAUGCCUUUCGUGCAAUUGGUCGCCUUUUCACGGAGGCAGGGGAAUCUUGGGUCGUCUUAAUGGCCCGAAUGCCCAAUGAAUUUCUCCCAUUGGUAGAAUCCGUUGUACAAAUAUGUGCGAACGAUGAAGAAUUGGAGGCUAUCAAAUUCACGUUCGCUUUCUGGUGGGAUUUGAAACAGAUGUUGGAACUGGAAGCGUAUGCUCAAGCACGUGCUAUCUAUGCACCACUCUUUUUGGAGUUGGUUGGUAUUGUGGUUAGCCAUUUGCAUUAUCCACGAGCGGAUAAUCAUCUUCUCAAUGAACAAAUGGCUCAAGCUGAAGUUUUCUUUGAUGAUCGUGAGUCUGAGGACCGGUUUCGUGCUUUCCGUCAUGAAAUGGGUGAUGUUUUGAAAGAUUGCUGUGCUGUCGCAGGAGUCACUCCUUGUCUACUUAAAGUUUCUACAAAACUUUUAGAAACUCUUGAUGCAAAGGAAUCAGGACUUCCUUACUUUUGGCAAGAUAUUGAAGCUCCUUUAUUCGCUUUACGUGCUAUGGGCCGUAUGGUCCCAAAUGAUGAAGACAAAGUUAUUGUUCACUUGCUGAGGUUUCUUCCCAAGCUUCCUCAAAACAAUAAAGUACGUUAUGCUGCAAUUUUGUUCGUGGGCAGAUAUACUGAAUGGACCGCACAGCAUCCGGAAUAUUUGGAAAUGCAAUUGAAUUAUAUUGCUGAGGGAUUCCAAAUUCCAUGUAAAGAAGUUCAAAGUGCUGCCGCUCAAGCGAUGAAGCAUUUUUGUUCUGACUGCCGGGAACAUCUUGUAAAUCAUCUUCCUCAAUUACAUUCUUUUUAUCUCAGCAUGAGAGAGUCGCUUGAUGCUCAGUCUGUUCUCGAGAUUGCAGAGGGCUUAGCGCGCAUUGCUGCUAUCCAGCCUAUUACGAAUACCUAUCAAUCAAUACACAGUUUUAUUGCUCCUUCUUUGCAGAAAAUUGCGUUGAGCCAAACCAAAACAGGACACACAGAACCAGAGAUUGAAGCGCUAGCUGAUGAAGUUGAUAUACUUAUUAUCUUUUUUUCAAUUGUCUAUCCCCUUAGUUCCUCACAAGGUAUUCAUCCUACUAUUCAACUUUGCUUGGACAUAUGGCCAGUCGUGGCUAGAACGAUGGACAUAGUUCCUAGUGCGUUAGUCUGUGAGCGAAUCUGCAAGCUUUUGAAGAAUGUUAUCAUGACUUUUCGAGAAAAAGCUAUAGUCCUGCUGCCUUCUAUUGCAGAAACCCUGGUGAAAGGUUUCGAAAGUACACAGUUUGGCUGUUUUCUGUGGGUAAGUGGAGCAUGCGUUCGGGAGUUUGGCAUCAUUGAAAUGAAUGAGCAGACCCAAACGUCUGUUUGGGGUUUUGUAGAAAGACAAUGCACAAAUAUGUUUUAUUAUAUGACUAAGAAAUCACCAAAAGAAAUACCCGAUGUAAUUGAUGAUUUCUUCCGAUUUAUGAUGGAUGCACUUUUGGCAAAUCCUCAACGGGUAUUUAUGAGUGAGAUGUUGGAGCCUUUAAUUCAUGCAUCAUUAGUUUCUUUACAAGUGAAUCAAGACGAAGCUCUUUGCAGUGUUUUGGUUUAUUUACAGGAUCUCGUAUCGUUUGCCUUAAGCACACCUCCAUAUACUCUUUCUGAGCCGGUUUCAGAAUCACUUAUAAAAAAAUUACGUUUGCUAGUGCUGAAUAAUUCUCAACCAAUGUUCAGCAUUUUAUUUAAUGGAAUGGCGUUUAUUUUUCCUCGUAACAAUGUGUCCGAUGCUUCUGCGGUCUUAAUUCCUUUAAUUCGUUUAAUAUGCAUGGAGAAUGCUAGUCUUUGCAUUCAGUACUUGACGAGUGUAUUGGAUCAACUUCCACAAGGUACAAUUGGCCAAGAAGAGAAGAUGAAAUUUUUGGAAACUUUUUCCCAGCAUUGUGCUUCUUCUGAAAUGCCUCGCUUGCGUGCUCAUUUACAGGAUUGGACGUCUAUGUAUCGCAGAAGGGUACUUUCACCGCGAUCAAAGGGCAUCGCAUUGUCAUCAUAGCUCCUUUCAAGAGACGGCGAAAUUAUAAGAAAUAGAAAAGAACAACUCGUUAACUGAUGAUAUGGUAUGAAUGGAUAGAUGGAUUGAUCUUAAUAAAUCUCGUUUCCUGCUGUACUUGCCAAAUAGAUUCGGAUAUCAUAAGUACCUGUUUAUAAUGUUGGCUAUUCUUGGUAUAAUUUAAAACUAAAAUCUAAAAAAUGGUUCAAGAUGUUUAAAAAAAGAAAGAAAUUCCUUUUAUUGCAUGUAGAAAGGAAUGCAAUUCAAUUUUCCGUCAUAACAAAUGACUCACUUAUUUAUUUAUUUAUUUAUUGUUUAUUAACGCAGAAAGAUACUUUCGUUAAUUAGCUUUUUCGUUCAUUACAUAAUGAUCUACAUACUCCAAUGCUUUUGUUGGUUUGCUUUCUAAGAUACCAACAUAUAUGCACCGUGGG